AUGAAGACGGCAGCACACGCCCUGAGCCCCGACUCCCUGCCAGAGACGCGGCAUCAGCCCAGAAAGAAUGAGGACGCGGCCCCAGGCUCACCCACGCUCAGGGCAGGGAGAGAGGGUCCGAAGGGCCCCCCCUCUAUCCUGAGACGAAGCCCACAGGAGCGCCGCAGCCAUGGGGCCGAGCCACGGAGGACCACGAGGCGCGUGCGGUUCCGCGAGCCCCUGGAGGUGGCCGUCCACUACAUCGCCUGCAGGGAGCCCUCCGCCACGGCCAGGGCGCCCGGCCGGCGCAGGCCCCGCGACGGCACCCUGAUCCUGCGGCUGACGGCGUGCGUCCUGCUGGCGCUGGCGCUGGGGCUGUGCUGCAGCCGGGCCGAGCCCGUGGCGCUGGCCCUGGAGGAGCUCCGGGCCCAGCUCCUGGUCCUCCUCCUGCGCCUGCGGCUCGCGGCCCUGGCCUGCUGGCGCCACCUCCUGCAGCUCUGA